UGAAUCUUCAAUUCAAGUCUUUCUUUUCUCUCUCUUGUCUGUAUCCAUUUCCCCACCCGAAACAUUUGGAAUAGAAUUCAAUUCACCAUACACUGAGAGAGAGAAACACAACUCCUUUUAAUCCAACACCCUUUAUCUGUUUUGAAUUGGGGGUUUUAUUUUGGCACUGUCUCUCCACUUUCAUCCAUUUCCCACGAAAGGGGAAAAACUAGUUAAAAAUCGAAUCUUUGCUUUAAAUUUCAAGAGCAAUAAAGAUUUGUUCCUUCCCCACUUCUUAAAUUUGGAGAGAGAUGAGAUGGGAAUCAUAUAUGAAGAUGCAGUUGAGAUUAAGGAAGCUGAAGGGGAUUGUGAGCACACUGUGAUCACUGUGAAUUGUCCAGAUAAAACUGGGCUUGGUUGUGAUCUCUGUAGAAUUAUUUUGCUUUUUGGGAUUAGCAUAUCUAGAGGAGACGUUUCAACAGAUGGCAAAUGGUGCUACUUGGUGUUUUGGGUCGUUGGUAAGCCCACAACUAGGUGGAACCUCUUGAAGAAUAGGCUGCUCGAGGUUUGCCCCACUUGCCCACCAUCCGCAUCCGGGAUAUUCUACUACAUCCCGGAAUUUCAGCAGCCACGCACCCCGGAGGUCUUCCUCCUCAAGUUCUGGUGCUCUUAUGACCGUAAAGGCCUUUUACAUGAUGUCACCGAGGUUCUCUGUGAGCUGGAGCUAACGAUUAAAAGAGUCAAAGUUUACACGGCACCUGAUGGAAGAGUGAUGGACCUCUUCUUUGUCACGGAUACGAGGGAACUGCUUCGAACACAAACGAGGCGGGAUGAGACGAUCAAGCGCCUAACGGUUGUGCUAGGCGACGCCAUGAUGAGUUGUGACAUCGAGCUGGCUGCCCCUGAAGUUGCUUCGUGCUUGCAGUCGUUCCUUCCAUCUUCAGUUUUGGAGAAUAUCGCGCUUUCCGCUGAACAAUCGGCCGGGCUAAUUGCUUCCGAUUCUGUGUCCAUCGCGUUCGAUAACUCCCUCAGCCCUUCUCACACCCUUGUUCAGAUCUUUUGCCAGGAUCACAAAGGCCUCAUUUAUGAUAUCAUGAGAACUCUGAAGGAUUACAACAUUCAGAUCUCCUACGGCCGUUUCUCCGCGAAUCCCAAAGGGAACUGCGAGAUGGACUUGUUCCUAAUGCACAAAGACGGCAAGAAGAUAACGGACACGCACAAGAGGAACGCCCUCACCUCUCGGCUCGAGAUGGAGCUCGUCCGCCCCCUCAGAGUCGACGUCGUGAGCAGGGGUCCCGACACGGAGCUCCUGGUGGUCAACCCCGUCGAGCUCUCCGGCCGGGGCCGGCCUCUCGUGUUUUACGACAUCACCCUCGCCCUCAAGAAUCUCAACAUAAACAUUUUCUCGGUCGAGAUCGGAAGGCAUAAAAUCAACGAUCGGGAAUGGGAAGUGUACAGGAUCCUGCUCGAUGAACACGAUUGCUUGUCGGCGACUCGAAACGAGAUCGGAGAAUGUGUGAGGAAGAAGCUAAUGGGUUGGGAAUGAUCUACUCAGGCCAUUUUACUGUACAGAAUUAGGUGUCUGUAAAGAAUUUCUGUAAAUUAUUGUGUAAAUGUGUAAUUUCCAUUUUUUCGUCUUUUCUUGGUCAAUUUAUUGAUUUGUAAAUUAUUGUAGAAUUAGAAAUGUUUAAUUCUUUAUAAGAUGUGUCCCUUUUGUAUUGUAAA